GUGUAUUUGGCGGGUUCUGUGUGACAUUCGCUGUUUGUUUGCAUCUCUGCAGCUUAAACUUGUACAUUAAUUAUAAUAAAUCAGUCAUUAAAGCGUAAUAAAGCAAUAAAAGCGAAAUGACGGGAGUGUCUGAGUCUCCUAAAGUUCGGAUAAACAGCUCGAUGCUUUCUCAGUAUGUUAGCAGACCUGUGUGUUUCAUAGGGCGUGUGGAGAAGGUUAAUCCGACUGGAAAGUCGUUCACGUUGUCAGAUGGAGAGGGAAAGAUGGCAUCGGUGGAACUCAACGAUCCUCUGGAGGAAGAGUUGAGUGGAAUCGUAGAAGUGGUCGGCAUGGUGUCCAACAAAGGAACCAUCAUGGCUUCAUCGUACACCAUCUUCAGAGACGAGAAAGGAAUCUCGUUCGAUUUGGAGCUGUACAACGAAGGGCUGAAGGUCGUGCAUGAUUUUCCUCAGUGUUACCCGUUCGAAGUUUCAACGAGUGGUUAAACAGCAGCGCCGUGAUCCGUCACUCACUUUCUGUCCCUGAUAGUUUUUUUAUUGUGUUUGUUUUGUUUCAUCCUUCUGUAAAUAACUUGUUCUUGUGGCCUUUUUAGUUAAUAAAAGAAAUAAAAUAAGGUG